GUUAGAAGAUUAUCAUGGGAGGCACAACUCACUCAAGACUGUUCUUUCAAGCCAUUAAGGAGUCCAAUGAACGGAAAGCUGUUGAACUCUACAAAUCAUCCGAGGAAUUACAAUCCCUAGAUCCUAACAAACCCUACGGGCGCUUCCACAGAGCUGUCUCACCGCUUCACUUAGCAGCUAAAAGAGGCUUUUUCGAGCUGCUGAAACUCUUUAUGAAGAAUGGCGGUAAAGCCGACCUAGUCGACAGCCGCGGACAGACAGUAGUGCACCAUAUCUGCCGCUCCUCAAACGGCACGGACUCCAUAGUAGACCAAACAAGAUCAGAGAUGCUUUUAUUUGUCAUUAACAUUUGCCUCUCGCCUGAAAAAAUCUGCCCCGACCUCUCACUGAGCCCUCAACUCCUCAACCUCAGUCGUCAAGACAAAGCUCUCAAUACUCCGCUACACCUUGCUGCAGGUUCUGGGCUUGUCCUUACUUCCCAGGUCCUCCUCAAUCACGGUGCUGUUGUUCAUAUUACUAAUGUUGCAGGGCAGACCCCGUUUGCUGUCGCUGAUAGUGGUGGUCAUCGAGAGAUUGUGAAGCUUAUUGAGCCAAAGAUGGUGUUUACGGUUACUCCGGAAUCAUCGCUCGUUGUUCAGAAACCAGAGACCCUUAGACUAGAGUCUUAUCAGGGGGUGGAAAGAGAUGAGUUACAGGUAAUUAAAACUGAUCUUAUCCAAGGCACAGCUGCCAUCUUAGACAUCCCGGUCCUCUCUGCUCAGAGACUUCUAGAACAUUUCGGUUGGUCCCAAGUCCUCGUUGUGGAUUCUUGGCUCCUCGACCCCAUGAACACAUGCUCCGUAGCAAAAGUCAAACUACCCAUGGCUCGUCAAACGAGUUUAGCAGUUGAAGUGGUAGUAAUGAAGCAAACGUCACGAGAAGAGCACAUAUGCGAGAUUUGUGGUGACCCGUCGAUAGAGCUGCUUUCUAAUCCAGACUGCACUCACUCCUUUUGUAAGUUAUGUUGGAUGGAGUAUUUUAGCUCCAAAGUGAAAGACGGUAAAGUCACUAACAUACCGUGUCCUGGUUUUGGAUGCGAGGAGCUCGUUAAUCAGGAACUGGUGUUGAGGCUCCUUCCAUCGGAAAUGAGCGCCAAGUUUGCCCACUUUGAUCUCGGGUCCUUUAUUGAGGGUAACCCCAACACUCGCUGGUGCCCCCACCCAGGCUGUGAGAGAGCCGUACAUUUAAAAUUGUCCAAAGACGGGGGAGGGGCAGGAGGUGGAGCUGCUAGAGCAGUCUCAGACUCAAGUGAGUCCAGUGCCCAGUCCUCGGCCGGUGUACAACAGCGUAACGUCGACUGUGGUGCUGGCCACUUCUUCUGCUGGUCUUGUUCUGAAGAGGCUCACGAUCCUUGCAAUUGUGAUAGUUGGAAAGCGUGGAAGAGCAAGAUAGCUAGUCUAGCGGACAGGGAUAUAUCUAAAGCUACUGCUGCUUCGCUGAGUGAGAGAGCGACGAGUGAGGCUUGGGUUGCUAAGAACAGCAAACCCUGUCCAAAGUGCAAGAUACCCAUACAGAGGAGUGAUGGUUGUAACCACAUGACUUGCUCAAAAUGCAAUCAUGACUUUUGUUGGGCUUGUCUUGGCCGUUGGGCCAUUCACAGUAGCAGGACUGGGGGAUAUUAUACUUGCAACAGAUUCCAGGCACUCAAAAGGGCCAAGGAGCACCUUGAAGCCAUGAAGCAGCACGCUGAAUUGGAGUCAAACAAAAAGAAUGCCCAGUACUUCAAACAUGCUUACAACCGCUACUCCAACCACUGCCAGAGCCUAGAGUUUGAAGAGAAGAUGCUCUCGAAUCUAUCAGAGAAAGUCCAGUCGCUAAUGGCAUCAGCUCAAGCAGCGGCCGUCACUCGACUAGAAGACCAAGACAAAGAGGGACAGUUUGCUAAAGAUGCUAUACGUGAAUUGUUAAAGUCCCGUUUGGUUCUUAGAGCUUCAUACGCCCUUAGUUAUUACACUGAUGGAGAGAAGAGAAGAGAUGAGCUCCUCAAGUUGAUUGCUCCUCUGGAGAAGAGCACAGAAGGACUAGCUGAAAUGAUUGCAAGGCCACACCUCUGCACGCCAAAGGAUAAGAUAGUACUGGGUACUAUCGAGAGUCGACUUGCUCGGAGGGUUUUCAUUGAAAAAGCUCGAGGGUUUAACACGCAAAAAUUGAGCGUCCCGGAAUUCGAAGACCCGGAAGACGACGGCCUGAUUUCGGAUCACACUGAUACUGAUACCGACACUGAUACUGAUUCGUGGUAUUCGUCUUCACCUCCUACCCCUGAUUCACCCAUUAUCAUUGUUCCUGGUAUCCCUCGUGCUCCUGAUCUUCCUCGUGAGCUGGAGAUUUUAUACGAGUCUGAUGAUGAAUAUUACUGGGACUAACUAGAAAUUUUAUACCAUUUUUAUAAUGACUCAUUAUUAUUAUUAUUAUUAUUAUUAUUAUUAUUAUUAUUAUUAUUAUUAUUAAGACUUUUACAAUUUUUAGAGACAGGAAUUAGUCGGUUACAAUAACAAAUAGUUUAGAAAA